AUGGCCGAUCUGCAAUUAGAUAGUAUAUUUGGAAGAUCACCAUCACCGCCGCCUCCACCACCACCGAAAUACGAGAAAUACAACUACAAUGGACGUGAACUGUCGAUAAGACUAGAGUCAUUCCACCCACUAUGGGCUCACUAUUUGUGGAAUGCAUCACGUGUAUUCUGCGAUUAUCUGAUAAACAACAAACUCUGUAAAGGGAAGACAGUAUGUGAACUUGGUGCAGGUGCAGGUCUACCGUCGUUAGUUGCAUCACUUGAGGGUGCCAAACGUGCGGUAGUUACCGACUACCCGGAUGAACCGCUGUUGAACAACUUGCGUAUAAACAUAAAAGAAUGUGGUAUAGAGAAGACAGCAAUCGUAGAAGGUUUCGUCUGGGGAUCGAAUAUCGAUCAUUUAAUAGAAGCUAACGGUGGUGAUGAGUUUGAUAUACUCAUUUUGUCCGAUUUAGUGUUCAACCACUCACAACAUAAUGCUUUACUACGGAGUUGCAAGAAUUUGAUGAAGAAAGGAGGAAAAUGUCUUGUAUUUUUCAGCCACCAUCGUCCUCAUAAAGCAAAAGAAGAUAUGGAAUUCUUCGAGAAAGCUACAGAAGACGGUUGGAACGUUAAGAAGGUGGUUGAGGAAUUAGUUGGCGUUAUGUUUGAAGAGGAUGGCGGGGAUGAGACUGUAAGAGCUACAGUACAUGGCUAUGAGCUUAGUCUGUGAUUUUUUAUUUUUGUUUUCUAGAUAUGCACACAUUUUAUUGCGUAAUUGAUCUUCUUUCCUCACCAAAAUGAGCGAAGAAAACGAGAGGCUAGCGCUCCCUGCACCAGAUACAAGUGAGCAUCCCACGUUGGAAGUGAACGGUGGUAGUGUCAGUCUCGACCAUUUAGGCCCAAUGGUUGUAAACAGCGACGGUACACUCAGUCGGAUUAACAACUGGGAGGGGCUUAGCCAGAUUGAGAAAGACAAGACAUUGCGGUUGAUCGUCAAAAGGAACAGACAGAGACUGGAAUCUUUGAAACAACAAGAAGACAAUAAAUAGAUUUAGGGAAUAAUCUUAGAUGAUAGCUUUGAUAUGAGUGAAUGAGCGUACGGGAUAUAUGCUCGUUCUUCUCAGCCUUUGUUUGUUUUGUUCGAAAUGUGUGCACUCACAUAUAGAAUACCAGGCAUAGGCGAGCAGCUCAAUGAUAACCUAUUAGAUUGUGAGAAUUAGAAUAUUAUAACCUUACUACUCACGAAUACGAUCGUUAGAAUCGCAUUUCGC